UUUCUGCCACUGACUGGUGCAGACGAGCUACACGGGGAUCCACUUCACAACAGUCUGAUCCGAGGACGCUUUGGGCAAAAACUGCAAGUGCCAUGUCUCUCCCUCGGACCCUGGGUGAGCUUCAGUUGUACCGUGUGCUGCAGCGGGCCAAUCUGCUCUCCUACUACGACACGUUCAUCCAGCAGGGCGGCGACGACGUGCAGCAGCUUUGUGAGGCGGCGGAGGAGGAGUUUCUGGAGAUCAUGGCUCUGGUGGGAAUGGCCACUAAACCUCUGCACGUGCGGCGUCUGCAGAAAGCACUGAGGGACUGGGCUGCUAACCCCGCUGUGUUCAGCCAGCCCAUGUCCUCUGUGCCACUGGGGGCGCUGCCAAUGUUUAAAGUGGAUGGGACAGGGACCAGAGCAGGAAAGAGUCUGAGCAACGGGCAGCCGGGGUCUCCAUGUGAAAGGGAGGACAGAGCCUGCUUGACGCCCAUGCACAGUGGAAGCCCCAGGAGCCCGUGCUCUCAGCCCUCUCCCCAGCCUCCGGACCACCACUACCGGGACAAACUCUCCCCCAUGGACCCACAAUGGCUCUGCCCCGACCAGGAUGCUAACUGCCCCUCCGGCCCAGACGAAGAUACCCCCAGCCCCCCUCUGCUCUCUAUCUGCCCCUUGCCCUCCGCCUCGCCCAGCUCCUCCUCCUCCGCUCUGUCGGCCUGGUCCGGGGGUCAGCUGGAUCCGGAUACAACCAAAGCAGUGAUAGAAAGCGUGGAUAGACUAUUAAGGACACUACCCAGGUCAGAUCCUACAGAGGUGAAGACACUGCUGAGGAUGAACAAGAAGAUGGCGAAGACAGUGGGGCAUAUCUUCAAAAUGGGCGCGCAAGAUGUGAACAAAGAAGAGGAGAUCAGAAAGUACAGUUUGAUCUACGGACGCUUUGAUUCGAAAAGGAGAGAGGGGAAACAGCUCACACAUCACGAGUUGAUCAUAAAUGAAGCAGCCGCUCAGUUCUGUAUUCGAGACAACGCCCUCCUCCUUAGACGGGUGGAGCUGUUCUCUUUGGCACGACAGGUGGCCCGGAAAUGUGCCUACACCUCCACGCUCAAACACGCCAGGACCAAUCCAGAGGAGAACCACAUACUGCCUCUAAAGAGACCAAGACAUGAGGUUUUGGUUCCUGAAAACUUGUCUCUUUUGGGAGUGGAAGGUCCAGAAAAUCUGAACCAACGCAAUGAUGAAGACAGUUUAUCAGCAGAGAGCUUGGACAGUGUCUCCCACGACGUAGGGUCACAGUGUAACAAGUCGCCUUCUCCUCGCCCACACAACGAUUCGUCCAAUCACGCGACCUGGAGCCGUCAUCUGAUGCAGCAGACGCUCAUGGACGAAGGGCUGCGAUUAGCCAGACUGGUGUCACAUGAUCGAACCGCCAAAAUCAGCCUGGGGCCGGAGGGGAACCACACAACAGAACACGACAACAACAGAAGAACCAUCGCGGUGUGCAGAAGCAUCAGCCCCAGUGUAAUCAAAGAGGAGUCCAACCACCGAGUCAAAUGAACCAGAGACUAUAUCACCUCCAGCCACCCAUUAUAAACUAUUAGACACUUUUAUUUUACAAGUCUGCCAUUACACUUUACAGACCCUGCUCCACUGUGGACAUGUGCUGUAUUCACUAGACUGUCAAAAGUAUCAAAAUUUAGAUAGUAACCGAUACAAACUUCACAGAACAGAAAUGAAUCCUGAACAGCUUUAAAGUGAUAUUGAGCUGUAUCAGAACAAGUAUAAGAGCACAUAGACUAGUAUAUGUCCAUGGACCACUAUGGAACCUACCUGGACCACUGAGGGAUUGCAGGAAAAAGAAAGUACUAUGAUUUAAUGUUGAAAAUUAUAUUCAGUUGUCUAAAGAAAUAGUGUUUUUUUAUUAUCAUUGUGAUAUUGGAAGCACUACUGAGUAUCAAGUCUCUUACUUAGCAUUGAAAUCGAGUUUGAAAUAUUAGUACUGUGAUAACACUAGUAUUUACUCACAUGACCACAUCUGCAUGACCAAAACUAAACAAAAUUACCUUAAAAAGGGUUUAUAUUAGAUAGAUUUUCUGUCUAAUUUUUUCAAAAGAGAAGUGAAUUUAAAGAAGGAAAAUCCAUCCAUCUGAAAUUAUGACAAAUUUCUAGAACUAGUUUAAAGGUUCUGUAUUACACAAAAUUGAUUUUUGUGAGUGUUAAGUCAUGUUAUAAUGUUGUUACUUCAUCAAAAACAGACCUGGAGUUGUGUUUUGUUUCAUUCGCACAUGUUUGAGUAAUUCUUUAUUAUUAGUCUACAUCCACAAAGCUCAAAAUGCUCAGUUCCACCUUAACGUUUUUCCUUUAGUUCUGUAGAGAUUGGAUAUUCUAGGGUUGAAAUUAUCCAAAUGAUUCUAGUGAAGAUUUGUGAACAAAAUAAAACACAACUCCGGGUAUGUUUUUGAUUAAGAAACAUUAUAACAUAGCUCAGAAAAAAGUGUAAUGUGGACCUUUUAAGCUAUUCUUCCAUUGUUCUGUGCACAAUCAUGAUUUCAUUUGACUGGUUUUAUUUUAAUGGUGCAGCAGGUGGCAGUAUAACUUUGUAAAAUAAGUUAACGGGGACACUUAACAAUGGGAUACGAUGCAGAGAUGAUUGUACAGUAUUGUAUAUAUAAAAACUAGAGAGAGCUUUCUGUAGAUAAAGAAAUGUAGAUUCUGUGCAGCUAACAUUUGAAGUUGUAGUAAUAGAUUUGCUCAAAAACCACUGUAAUUAACUGCAUUUGCUCAUGUUCAGGAAUUGUAUUUAGAAUAUUGUAAAAUGUGUAACUUAUGGCUUGAUUUUCAAUGCAGCAGCUUCUAAGUUUGGGUCUUACCCUUUGAGUAGUGGUUUUCAGUUGGCCCAUUAGUCUGACUUGGGGGUUUGAACUGGUGAUCCUCCAGUUCAGGGGUAAUUUCUUUAUUCAAACUACAAGUUUUCAGUAUCUCACUAUGAAAUUGCCCAAUAUUUCAGUGGUAGAGAUCUUACAAAUUAAUACACAGAAGUGGGUAGUGGUCAACAAUUGUGCUCAAGUAUAAGUACUGUUCGGUGAUUUAAAAUAAUAGUAGUACAAAUGCUUUUAGGUAAACUACUAAUCAAGUAAUAAGAGUAAGAGUUUGAUUUUGUAUUUGAAGUGGACGUAUUUGGAAGGACUAAACAUUAAACAGUGCACAAAAUCUCAUAUUUUCAAAGGAUAGAUACAAAAAUUAGACAAAGAGCAACCAACACUUUUACUCAAGAGUACUGUUACACUGUUAAAUAUAUUACUCAAUUAGGAGUAAAUGUAUACAUAAUGUAUACUCAAAGAAUUACAAUCUUUAAAGGUUACUCAGAUAAUUGUUCUUGAUUAAAUGUACCUGAGUACUAACCACCUUUGUUAAUACUGAAUGAAACAUAACAAAAAUGAUUCAAAAUAACGAAUUUCUUUAUUCUGUUUUCCAAUAUAAACAAACUUUUUAGUCAGAAAAAAGUGAAAAUGUUAAAAACAAGAACAGGUAUAUUUAACUAAACACUGCCAACUGUUCUAACUGCACUGGUAUGUUGCAAAUGAUGAAUCAAAUCUGGUAUAGACCAUAAAAAUUUGCAAAACACUGAAUCAAGUUCAAAUAAUGUUAUAUUUUUUCAAGUUUUUGUCACUUGUAGACUUACUCAGACUUUAAAUGUAACUGAGUACUACCCACCUCUGUUCAGAUACUACUGAUCCAAACCAAAAAUACAAAAAAAAAAGUCAGAAAAACUAAAAAAAAAAAAAAUCUGAUCAGGUACUUUUUGAGUCCAAUGAUGAAAACCACCACUCAGGCCUUUCCUCUCGCGACCACCAGUGACCUCUUUGGUUUCUUAUGUUGCAGAUUUAGAGAUUAUUUAUUUUGUUACUUCAUAAUAAAUGUUAUUUUAUUGC